UUCCAUCAUGUCAUGCUCCGAAACAUCGAAAGUAUGGUUGCUAUAAUGAUACUUUUUAUGAAAAGUUUGUUUAUAUACAUAUCACAUUUAGACUACUCAAAUAUUAAUUAAAACAUUUUUUUUCAUCAUAGUUGUGUGCAAUUUUAAUACUGAUAUUUACUACGAAUGACAUCUUUCAUAUGACAAAAAAACGUGUAUAAUUCAUUUUUUGCGAAUCAUAUAUUUGUAUAUGUUCAAUGAUCAACAAACAAAUUAGACUGUAAAAAUUAAAUAUCAUAAUGAACUAUUUGUUAUUAUUUACAGUUUUAUAUUUCUUUGUAAAUAAAUCAUUUGUAGUAACUUUAGAAAGUAUUAACUGCAUAGAUAAUCCUGACAAUUUUAAAUGUAAAUUUGCUACGAUUGUGCCUUACAGAUAUAUAGCUAAUUACAAUGAUACUGAGAUAUCAAUUCCAGAUUGUGAAGCUCAAAAAAUAUGGUUUCUUAUAAGGCAUGGAACACGUUUCCCAAGUAAAAAAAUUAUUGAAGAAAUCAAUAAUAAACUCCCUGCACUAAAACAAAAAAUACUAGACAAUUGUAAAUUUAAAGAAUGUUUUUUAAAUGAGAAACAAUUGAAAAAUCUAAUUGAUUGGAACUUAAAUAUACAAGAAGAUCAAGCGAUGAUCUUAGCAAAUGAAGGAAAAAAUGAAUUGAUUGGAUUGGCAGAACGUUAUCAAUCAAGAUUUCCUAAAUUAUUACCAGAAAAAUAUAAAAAUUCAACAUAUAAGUUUAAAUUUACUGCUAGUCAAAGAACAAAUCAAAGUGCUAAAUAUUUUACUAUUGGAUUAUUUGGAAAACGUCAAAGUGAUCAAAUUUACUUUCCUGAGCCAGAAGAAAAAGAUCCAAUACUUCGAUUUUACAAAGCAUGUGAUAAAUGGUUGAAGAAUGUAAAAAAAAAUCCUCAAGCUUUACGAGAACUUGAGGAAUUUAAACAAAGUGCCACAAUGAAAACAAUGUUAGAAAAUAUGUCACAGCGUUUGGGUUUUAACGUCGACUUUGAUGAUAUUAAAUUGAUGAGAUCCAUGUGUUCAUUCGAAACGGCUUGGAAUGAACAAACUAAAUCACCGUGGUGUCAUAUUUUAUCUCCAGAAGCUUUUGAAGUUAUGGAAUUUGUUGAUGAUUUGAAAUAUUACUGGAUAGAUGGAUAUGGAUUUGCAUUGACGAGUGAACAAGCGUGUCCAGCCUUAAGAGAUAUGUUCGAUUUUUUCAAAUCGAAUGAUGAAUUAAAAAUAUCUGCUUAUUUCACUCACUCUGGCACUUUACUGAAAGUUUUAAGUAUAUUGGGACUUGCGAAGGAUGCAGAACCAUUGCUACAGAGUUCAUUCAGAACGUCUAAAAAUAGACAGUGGCGAACGAGUCUCAUUGAUGCAUUUGCAACAAACAUGGCUUUCAUUUCCUAUAAUUGCAAGUCUAAUGGGCCAAGUAUUCUUGUAAUGCAUCAAGAACGUAUUGUGAAUCUUCCUGGAUGUCCAAAGAAUGUUCCAUGUCCCUUGAAUACAAUGGAAGAAAUGUAUCCUGAUAAAAAAGAAGAGUGCAAUUUUGAAGACAUCUGUUCUUCAUGAAAUUAAUUAGUGAUUGAUACAUGAGCUCUUUUCAGGUUUAGAAUUAUAAUUAAACUUGAAAAAUAAAUUACUAUUUUCGAUACGACCAUACAUUUUAUAAAUUAUUGUAAAAAAAUCAGAAACACCAAAAAAAUUUUAUAUUGUAAUGUAACGGAAUACUCUACUGUUUUCAAGCUUUAUCAAGUAAAGAUGAAAUAAAUAUAUUUAAUGUAUUGUAAUAAUUUAACUGAUCUAAUAUCCAAAUAGAAGUAACUAGGUUUAUAUUUAAUGUGUUCAUGAUGAUCAUAUGUUACAAGAUAUUAAAUAAAUAAUAGUAUUUAAUGAGAUUUGAUAUUCGUACUUAACUGCUUAUUAAGUAAAAUUUUGAUGUAACAUUCUAUUAAUUAAGUAAGCAAGUUUCCUUCUUGGUAAUAUACGUUAACUAGCUGUAUUAGUUUCGAGCACUUUACAUGUGUUAGACUCGAACAUUUGAUGAUAACCAUAACGUUUAGAUGUGGUAAUGAUUUAUAAACAAUGAUAAAGAAAAAAAAUUUUAAUAAAUAUUCUGUUAUGAAAA